CGCACAAACCAUUCACCCCCCAUCUCUCUCUCUCUCUCUCUCUCUCUCUCUCUUACACACACAAACACACGUCUCGGUGAAAGCCACAUUCCCACAAGCGGAGAAGCGCUUUGGAGGGCUUGGAUGGCGCUGCCUUGCUCUCUCUCUCUACACUAAAACACUCGCUUUCCUUCACUUAACCAGUCCCACGUUUUUUCUGGUUUCUGAACGACUUUCUUCGGAGCAGUUUUCGGAGGAUUUGUGACUCCUUUUUGACGGAAAAUCAAGUUUUUGGGGAAUAUUAGGAAAUCGAGUUUUACGCAUUAGACCCAGGAGGGAGGUCACAUCCGCGGCUCGAUUCGUCUUCAUCCCGGGGAACAAGGAAUAUAAACCAAGGCUGAGAGUAACCAGGAGAGCUUUUAUGACUUUAAAUGGGCGGAUUGUGUGAAAGGAUUUCCCCUCAUUCGUAAUUGGCACAGUGUUGUGCGCAUACUCUCCAAAUGGCGUAAAACCUGCUCCGUGCUGACUAAAGUCAUCAGAUUGAAGAUUUGUAGUCCCGUCUUGACCCGGACUGGAUGAAAUAAUGUCAUUACACCGACUCCAUUGAGGAUCUCUGCUGUGAGGAGGAACUGUGUUGUUCUCCCAAAGCUUCACAUUGGAGCUGAGCUGUCUCCUGUCAUCUUAAUUUUCUCCGGCAUGGCAUCUUAGUGGAAGUAGCCUUCAAAGUGGAAGAUGGCAUUUCCCCUCUCCCCGGGAUACCGCCAAAUCCCCCUGCAUGCCUAAUGGCACAGUGAGAGUGAAAAGUCAGCUUUUUUUGCGAAGGUAAGCAGCAAGUUUUGACUGUGAACUCCAUCAAACUCUCUAAACACUCUGUGAAACAAUCCGAGCUGACAGCCUGAUAGACUCUUUAUUUCUGAUCUAUAAAUUAUGAGCUUUGUUGAAUGUUUGAUGAUCAGACAAGUUUAACAUUAGGUCUUCAUUUAGUUACCAUCUCGACCAAAACAUCUAUGGCAUGUUUUUUUGUGUAUCUGGGACGAUUUGUACCAGUUUUCAUGUGAUCACUUCUCUCAAUGGUUUGACCCAUAUCCUCUCUAUUAUAGAGCCUUUCAGUGUGAGUAAACAGUAUCAUGUUUUUGGUAGGUGGGGCUUAACUGGGGGGCCAAAAAAUCCUUUAAACCAGCAAUAACUAGCAGAUUGUUUUUACAAUCCUGGAGGAUAGUAGGAGUCUUUAUAAAUAUGUGAGGUCACUUACUGUCUGAGGCUGAGAGUGUGACUUAAAUAAGUGAACACUGAGGAAGAGGAGCAGACUGUGUGACCUGUAUCUUCAGCUAAUGGAUGAGUUAAAAGAUUUUAACACUUUAGUGACAGUAGAGACGAACCUAGCGUGUGUAAGUCUUUAGAUUUCUGUUUUUGUGCCUGAUUGAAAUGGCAAUUUUACAAACGAGGACGACGUAUAAAUGCUUUGCUUGAUUUUGUUUUGCGAACUUAGCUAACAGUAGCCCAUGUGCUGAAAAAGUUGCUAGUUUUUCUGUUUCAAUUAAGUUUUGUUAAUGGGCAGUGGUGACUGCUAUACAGUUUUUUGACAUCAGGUUUACUGGCAAUUUUAGACGCAUCCGGAACGUCUACAAAAAGGCCGUAUGCGCCGAUCGUAGCUGAUUGUAACUGUUCAAGUUAAUGAGUCAAUUUCCACCGGCUUCUUUCCGUUCUGCUGCAGAUCGCUGGGCUCCACAGCUAAUCGCAAGAGUUGUAAUUUUUCUGGACGCCAGCGCAUGCCGGACAAAUUGAGCACAGAUUAGCCUGUGCUGGAAAGGAAGUCGGGCCCAGACACAAAAUAAAACAUCCGUCAUCUUUUCAAAAUAAGACACAAGGUCUCAGGGGGAUCGUAUUUCACACCAUGCAAACGGGCGGGGACGAACAAGUGAAAGGUUUAUGGACAGCAUUUCACCCCGAUGACACCAUGAAUGAGGAGAUGGCUAAAGACAUCUCAUUAUCACGCGAUUGUGCUGGAAUCCACGGGUUCUUGUUAGUUCUCGCGAUUCCUGCUGUCCAUAAUCCUCCACGAAAUUCGCCUCACAAACGGAUCCGGUAUGAAUUGGCGUACGGCAAAAAUCGCUAUUCCAGAUCAGAGUCGUUCUGGAUGCGUUGAAAAUCCCAGGUUACUCCCAUUAUGCUGGCGCCAAGAUGGCACUGUUACUGUUGCUGGCGGAGGCGGGAUUUUAUGACCUAUACUGCAGCCCGUCACCAGAGGGUGCUGUUCUCAGAGUGGCUUUACCCAGCGAGGAGGCAGACGCUGUCCAUUCAAUAUACAGUCUAUGUUUACAGCUUUAUCAAACUGAAAUUGGCUGAAGCUAUCUGCACAUGCUCUUGUAUUCACUCGCUGAACUUCUAACCAGAAGAUUAAAAUGACCUUAAAAUUACCAGGCAGAGAAAGGACAUAAAAAAGACUAAACUUUCCUAUCGUACAAAGAAAUGGUACUGAGCUGUAAAAGUGACAGUGUUUUUCAGUGGAGUUUAAUCUCAGUGAAGUCACCAAUUGGAUUCUGUAGAGGUGUUAUGGAUGGUGAUUAACUUAAAAAGAAAUGGUGACUCCAACCUGAAGGCUUAUCUAGAAACUGGCAAAGAGGUGAAGUUAACCCAUACCAGUCAAUCGUUUUUUUAGUACCAGGCUGUAAAUCUGUUGAACUUCGUAGUCGAAAAAUAGCAUCAAAGCUUUUCCCUCACAGCUCUCCAGUUUUGUGAUUAAUCAAUAAUUGUAUUUCAUAUUUAUUACCCAUUUAACCUUCUAUUGAGUCAAUAGUAAAGCUGUUUUACUCAGCAAUCUUACAGACCUGGAACUUUUAUGUUGUGCAACUUUUUCUGUUGCAAGUGUUUCUGACUUUUCUGCUGCUAUCUGCCCAUUACUAACAUUAUACCAGACGGCUUUUGUUUGCAGUUUGUUUAUAUUGUUGAAUAUAGUCUGAAUUUUGUUUAAAUUGACAGUGUUUAUGUAAUUACAGUCUGUGGAGUCUUUUUUCCUCGUCAGCCGCAAUUUAAGUUACCGCCUGGAGCAUAAUUAUCUGGAGUUUAGGUGAAACAAAAUCCUGGUUGUUAAUAACACUUCAUCUUAAAACAGGAGUGGAAACAGCUUUCUAUUAACUGCUCUCAGUGAAGGUCAAACAUCUCACUGAUGAUACACUUCCUGAAAUCUUAAAUGAGAGUGGAAGCCGCUGUCAGUACAAACGCUCAGUCUCUGACAAACAUUUGUGGCUGAGGUGUAAUCUCACCUUGAGAGUAGUUUGAAGGACGAGGAAGAGUCCCUGGGCUAAAUUUGACGUGUGUCGCCGCCAAACAUUUUUGCAGAAAUGAUCAGUGUUUAAUUUUGGAAUCAUUAAGGAGUCAAGAGACGUUAGAGCUAAUCCUCCUUCGCAGAUAACCUCUAAAUGGAUAAUCCUGUUUCAAUCCCCCUUAGGUCAGCAGUUCCUUCACUUUGUCGCUUCCAUAGAGAGAUGUGAAAGCUUUUAAACCAUCGACUGAUAAAUAGAUUUAAUCCAAGACACCCCAUGUGAGUGAAAUACUCUGAUUUACGAGAGGACUACUGUUUCUGCUGAGAAUGUUUUAUAAGAUUGGUGCCAGUUUAAGGAAAAUCUCAGAACCAGUCAGGUAAGCUCGAAUGAUGACGUGGCCUCUGGAAGUGAUGGUGAACUUUUCAGACAUUUCCAGUGUAGACAGAUGUUUGUGUUUGAGGGCUUUCUUGCAGGAUGCUUUUCCAUAUGUUGCAUUGCUAACAGUCUCAUUAGCGACUCGAAAAUCAACUGUUUAAUCACUUUAAAAGAAAGCUAAAUUCAGCCCUCCAUACACGUCUUUAAAAUUAUAGCUGCCAGUUCUUAGUUGCUUAAAAUCUUUUUAGCUACUGUCUGUUUCUUGUGAGUCUCAGUUUCACUGUUAACAGUAAGUUACUCUGUAGAACUGGCAUAAACCCAAUUAUUGUUGGGCGGUAUGAACAAAAUCUUGUAUCACGGUAUGAGUAACUUCAUAUCAUGGUAACGGUAUAUAUCAUGGUGUGUUUUUUCCCCCUGUAAAUUCAAUUAAUGGCUUAAAAAUACCCAUACUGUCGCAUUUGUUCAUUUUCCUCGUAUUUGUACAUAAAUGCAAACAAAAUGCCAGAUAAGCCUGGCGAUUUUCUAUCAUAUAGCGAACGUUUGGCGAAAGAAAAGCAGAGAGGCAGAGAGGAGCUGCUGCAACUUUAGUUUUUGGUGCAGCGGGUGCGCCAAGCAUCUUUUGGCUCUUAUAAUAGAGCUUUACGUGUUUCAUCUUUAGGUGGUGGAAGAGGUUGUUGGUGUUUCCACCUCCCGCAACGACAGCCACAUGACACUCUUUGCAUAGUAUUGUUUUUUGAUAAUUAUCGGAUUCUCUAUUCCGAAGAAUCUCCAGACGACCGAUGUCGUGACUUUUUCGGAAUGAGUUCCUCCUCCUCUUCCUCAUGUUGGGUGGGCCGGGCUGCCUCGAUUUGCUCGGCACUGCCACUAAUCUCUGUGCCCGCCAUGACCACCACCAGGGACGCUGUUUCAUUUUAUGUCGAAACUAUGUCAAGCAGUCUGCUGGACGCGCUGGUGAUUAUAGGGAGCGCACCCAAACCUGACCAAUAAAUGGUAUAAACUGUUUCUUUUACGGUACACUUAUUACCAGGUAAUUAACAGGUAAUUACAUAUUAACAACAUGAAAUUAUCUGGUAAUUACAUGAUAACUACUAAGUCAAUACUGUCUAGCUACCAGGUAGUUAACCUUCCAUCAUCAUACAGAUUUGAAGCUGAAUUGCUCUGGUAUUUCCAGGAUUUUCUCCACUUCCUGGAACCACCACUUGCGCAGUAGCAUUGUACGCAUUCGGCGGGUGAGUCACUGUGAUAAUGCUCGGCUCAAACAGCGUAUCGCUACGCAAUCUUCGCACGCCCAUAGGCUGUAUCAAGUGUCAAUCAUAGAAAAUAAGAACCCCAAAAACUAGACAGUAUUGACUUAGUAGUUAUCGUGUAAUAACCAGAUAAUUUCAUGUUGUUACAAGGUAAUUACCUGUUAAUUACCUGGUAAUAAGUGUACCGUAAAAGAAAGCGUUACCCAAAAUGUCGACCGAUAGACUCUUUUAUAAUGUCAUACCACCCAACACUAUGAGAGAGAUUUUCUUGUGAUUUCCAUAAGGGUUAGUAAUUGUGAGUGGGUGGUUAUGCAAAUUGGAAUCUCAUCAGGGUGACAAGACCUUCAAGUGAAGUGGAGAUCUUGUCUUACCCUUUAUUUUGGUCCUCAAAAGAAAAGGAUGUUUGAAAGGCUUUUGGAGGUAAAUCGAUCAGUUUUGAAGAAGUUUACGUAAAGACCUGAUAAUAUGUGACUGUUCAAUCCUAACUCCACUCAUGGAAAACUCAAUCCAAGUGGGAUUAAAACAACAAAAGGGGGAUUUUUUUAACCCAAAUGUGGAUCUACAAAAGGUCCCAGGACCCCAAUUAAAACAACAAAUCUGUUUGGUUCUUGGGGACAAAGCGGCUCAUGGUGCAGGAUGAGUGUGGGGAAGACAAAGUGAGUCAUUUUACUGUUCAACAGGGGGGCUCACUCCAGGAAACACACACACUCACAUACACACUCACAUAAGCCUGGCAUCAGCACCCGAUGAUUCAAUUCAAAACGUAAUUCGCUUGAGUGAGGCCGGAUUGAUCACAGGAGGCGUGAAGGAUGCAAGACUUAGGAAAAAAAGGACAGUGUGUAUCAUCGGUAUAAUGAGGGGAUGAAAAGCAAACAAGAUGGUGAGGAGGGCGCAGGAUUUUACACUCAAGUGCUCGCAUCAAAAAUGUGUUGCUGAAAGGUCAGAGUGAAAACACAAAGUGACAUAUUCUCCAGACAGAUGACUCACCCCUGACCGAGAGUCUGUAGGAGUGAAGUAAUGCACAAACACACGCUCGCUAUCUGUUUAUCUGAUGCUCAUUCCUGGUACUUCUUUCCCUCUUGGGCAGAAGUCCUUCCAUCAUCGUCUCUCUGAUAGCCAGGAAACCUGUGAUCAGAAUAAAGACACGUUACUCAAAAUAAAAAGGGAACUUGCAGUUUUAUUCUUUAAAGAGAACUUCAGGCGUGUUUCUAUAUCAGGUUCAUUUAGAGGUCUGAUCACUCAGAAGCCUGAUUCAGCCACAAACCAAGCUCACAGGUAUUGUGUUUUAAUUUCACUUGAUUCAGCAGCUCGGCUCAAAUCAAUGUCAAGCUAGAAAACAGGACUUUGAACAUUAUGUAACAGCUCAGCAUUGAAAAUAUGAAAUAUUGAAGUUUUUAAAAGAGCCGUUUCCUCACUGUUUUAUUGUAAAAGCUCCUGAAUAACCCAGAUUCAUCUCCACAGGUGUGUUUUUUCUUCCUGCCUGAUUAGACUCUCCUCCAGACUGUGUGGGUGUGUGGUGGCUGAGCUCACUUUGCCUUUUGCCAUGGUGCAUUUGUUAUAUUGUGGCCUCAUUUGACUCCCUUAAUAGUUUCACACAUCUUCAACCUGAGAAGUGGGCUAAUGGCAUGUUCACGUCUUAUCGAUGUUCUUGUACAUAAAAGACUCUUAAUGCCAUCUAGGAUUCAGGUAGAGAGCCGCCUUUCUUUGAAAUGAACCUUACAAAACUGACUGAACUUCCACCACACAGCUGCUUUUUUUCCAAAUAUAGCAGCUGCCCUGUCUCUGCCUGCUGUCAGGUUCUGAAUACAGGGGCUGUGGUGGACACAUUGCAUUAUUUAUCACCACAACCCGGUCCCACUCAGGUGUUGGAAGAUGUGAACGAACUACAGCAAGGCAAUGAGUUGGAGAGAGGAGAGCAGGGAGAGAAGCAGGAGGAAGCAGGUGUGUGUAACCCCAAAUUUCCACUGCAUCCGGAACAGUUGAGAUUUUUGCUGUCCGCCAAUUCCUACUGGAUCUAUUUGUGAGGCCAAUUUCAUGGCAGAUUAUGGACAGCGGGAAUCGCGAGACUUCACAAGAACCCGCGGAUUCACAUGGAAUCACGGGAUAACAAGUUGUCUCUAUUUAGACAGCCACGUAACCAUAUAAGCAGUAGAUUGUGUCCUUCCAGAGAAGUAAAUCUACCUCUAGAUGUUAUGUUCUUGUGUUUCAAAUACAUGGGCCAGAUGUGACCAUCAAACAGGCCGGGGGAUCUGGCACCUUGUAGUUCGUGGAGCACCUCCUCUUUUUGCAUUCUUCAUAUGGGAUGGAAGUAAAGUAACAUUGGUUUAGCACGUCGAUCAAAGGUUUGUAGGUGUAAAGCAGAAAGCCUUCCACAAUGAGGAUGUGAGUCUCCUCCUCCUCCUCUUCAAUGUCAGACUUUGGGACAAUCUCAGCAUCCAGGGUGUUAUUAACCCUGUGAGACUUUCUACUGGAUCCAUUUGUGACGCGAAUUUUGUGGCGGAUUUCGGACAGCAGGAAUGGCGAGAACUGACAAGAACCCAGGGAUUCACAUGGAAUACGAAUCGCGCGAUAACGAGUUGUCUCUAUAAAGACAACCAAGUAACCUUAUAAGUAGUGUAUUGUGUCCUUCCAUGAGAGGAAAUCCACUUACAGACUUCUACAAUUAGCAUCUCCUCAUCCAUGGUGUCCUCAGGGUGAAAUGCUGUCUAUAAACUUUUCACCUGUUCGUCGCCGCUCAUUGGCAUGGUGUGAGAUACGAUCCGCCUGAAACAUGUAGGGUUUUAUUUUUUAAAAGAAGCUGGAUGUUUUAUUUUGUGUUUGUGCCGGAAUUCUUUUCCAGCACAGACUAAUCUGUGCUGAAUUUAUGCAGCAUGAUCCGGGGUCUGGAAAAAGUAAAACUCUUGCGAUCAGCUGUGGAGUCUGUGGAACAGAAAGAAGCUGGUGCAAAUUGACACAUUAACUUGAAUGGUUACGAUCAGCUGUGAUCGGCGGAUACAGCCUUUUCGUAGCUGUUCCAGAUGCGGUGGAAAUUGGGGGUAAAAGUGUCUGAAAAGCCAAAGGACAGAAUGAGCAUGAUAAGAAGGAGGAUGUUAAGAUCCCAGACACGCAAAAGCGCAGAUGAGUUAACCACUGCCAGGCUAAAAAGUCCAGGUCUGACAUGCUUCAAAUGUUUUAGCUAUUGUUCUUCUAAUGCUACUCCCUCACUGAGCUAAUUUAGCUCCAUCCAGUUGGAGCUCGACAGAGUCCAAUCAUAAAAAAGAAAUCUGUACCACUCCAGCUAAUUUUGUUAAGGAUGCCGCCCACUCACUGACAAAACUGAUCGACCAAAGAACGAGCACGUUUAAGUUCUGCGAGCAGGAGAGCACUGAGCAUGGAGACAACAAUCACGUGCUCGGUCCAUUUCUGCAUGCACUCUAGACAGUUAACACUCCACUGGCUGCAGUGUUGCACACAUGAGCAGAGAAUUGAUGAACACGAGCGCAGUGAAAAGUGCAAAGAUAAUAUCUGUGCAUGUGUAAUUCACAAGUGUGGCUCCUUUACAUCCUGCAUGAAUCUUGCAGGCAAGAGUGUGAAUCCUUUUUGAAAAGCCACCAUACCGGCAUCUUCUAAAGCAUCUCCUGCGCAGAGCUGGUUCAGGAUUCAUGUCUGCUCCUCACUCUGGGAUGUCAGGGCGGUUGGAUGUAGGGGACUGGGAUCUACGGGGGAUAAAAGCAAAUUCUGCAUGCAUUACACCAUCCAGAUGAAGCUCCUGGGUGUUGCGUGACGAGAGUGAAAAACACGUUUAUCUUAUAGAACAGGAAUUUGUGGGAUAGCUCUGUUAUCGAGAUGUGAUUAAGACAUUGUGGGUGACUCUGACCUCUGACCUUUAACUGCAGGGCUCCACAAAAUAAAUUAGAAACACAAAACACGGUGUGAUUCAUGUCUAUGCUUUUGGCACACAACAUCUCACCUCUUUGUUUGAGCUGUUUUAGCUUUAUUUGAGUCGUGUUAUCACAGUACCAGAGUAAGUUUUAUUAUGUUCAUGUGAAAAGCUCCACAAAUUAAAGCGUCACGUUUGUUAUUCUGAAAAAAAAAAAAACUUUAAAAAGAAUCAUUUUAACUUUUUCCAUUAAAAGUUGCAGGUUUCAGGGCUUUUUGAAACACAUUAUCCAAAGAUAUGCUUAAAUUGCCUCUUGUUGUGACUGAACCACAACCCAUUUGAUAAAGUAAUUAACUGAUUAAUGUAACAUAAAGUACAGACAAUUUGUGUUUAAUGUGCUGGAGAACCCUAUAGGCUACAUUGGCAAAGACAUUAAAAUGUCUUUGAAUAUAAAAAUUGCAGUUUUGUCCAAUUCUAUUUAGUAUAAUGCCACAAAGCGUACUACACAGUGUCAUUUCAUUAUAGACUUUUUUUGAAAAUCAUAAACUGCACUGCAUGAUGGUUGAAAUUUUAACAUUUGGAUUGGAUUUGUUUGUUUUUCAAGAUUAGAUUAGAUAAGAUUAGAUUAUACUUUAUUGCCCCACUCAGGAAAAUUCAUUUUUCAGACUGUACAAGACACAUCAAAUAGACAAGAUAGGUCAAAGACAGCACAUUAGGAGACAUUCAGACAUCCCCACCACCCAACCAGAUAAUAACAAUGGACAAGAGACAUCAGAGCAACCACACCAUCAACAAUGGACCAUUUUUAGAUGGAGACAGUUGACUAAUUUCUAAAGUCAAGGAAGUGUGAAGAUCGUACUCAAACUUUUCACUCCUACAACUUUGCUUCAGAAUCAGACUCACUGUGAUUUAACCAAUUUGUGGUGUAUUGGCUGGAUUACACAUCAUGGUAAUGGAAAUACCUCUGUCCUGUUUUUCAGUUACGUACUUUCAGAAUUUAAUGCUUGUAGAUGAAAUGCGUGGUAUUAUAUUUGUUGUUGCUUCGUUCCAAGUCUCCCCUUAACUGGACAGCCGUUGUCUUAAAACUUGCCUCAUAACUCUACAUCAAUUGUUCAAUUAUUUCAAUCAAUCUAGUAAAUGAAAAAUGAAAAAAUGAGUCAAUAUUUUGUUUAUUUGUUUUUCUAUAUAACCGAAAAACAUAAAAGAUUAGUGUUUGUUUUUGUAUUUUCAGUUCAAAACAGAAUAUAUACAACAAAAUAAUAAAAAUCUACUUUUCGUUUUCGGGUUAUUGAUGUCCCCAUUUCCAACAACGUGGACCAAAAACUCCAGGCCAGGGCGAUAGAGAAAGGCUAACCUGCUGUCAUGGAGAUGGACGCAUCCUACGUAUUAUUCAAAGAAGGGUCACGCUGAAGGAGGAAGAUAUGUAGAAAAAAUUACAACCAGAGCUCUGUUACAACGCUGUUUUUUGGUUAACAAACUCCACCUCAUUAUGGUGUUUGGCACAUUAAAGAAGGUAUACAGGUCACAUGUUAAAUUUAACACUUCUUGUAGUUUUUUUUCAAAUAUAAAGCAAAUUAACAUCAAAUAUUACUCAAAACUUAUUCUUGUUUAAUACAAUCAACAUACGAACAUGCUCUUUUCCACUGCCCUGAACUCUGGCUGUUCUAGUAUGCUUGACGGUGGUGUAGGUGUACUCUGAAGUGAAGUACUUAAGUAUGACCCUGACAUUAAAUCACUUAACAAUCCAUUCAAUUCAGCGUUUCAGGUUAAAAGCAGUGUUGAGAGCAGGUUGUGCAAAGACUGAAUACUGCUCUCUGUUCUUUUUCUAUAAAUGCCACCAGUCUUUGCAUCAGAGCAGAGAGCAGACUCCUCUCAAUUUCGCCAAAUAAAGAAAAACUAAGCACAUUAAUAACUCUACAGAGGCUAAUAAUAGCUUAUACAUGUUGUUUUGAGAGCGGUCUAUCAGUUCCAUGAUGCAAUGAUGGCUGACCUUAACUGCAGCUGCAGGAGGGCCUGUUUGUCCUGCUGCUGUUACUGUACUUUCUCUUUCAAUUAGAGCUCUCUGGCCUCAGUUAACCUUAACAAAGCAGGUUAGACAAACACAUGAUCCAAUGUUCCUGUAAUGGCAGAUAUAAUGGAGCAAAUAUGUCCCUCCUCAUGUUCCGUGCUUAUCAUAGCUCUCGUUUCUCUUGGCACUUCUCUUCUUGCUGCUUUUCUUACACAAGCCUUUAUCCCUGAGAUUUUUGCACACUUUUAACCAAACCGAGUCACUGAGAUUAACUGUUUCCAGUGACUUUCUAGUUGAAAAAGUCCCUGGUGUUUGUUCCAUGUGGAUCACAACACCUCCUCUGUUCCCUCUCUCCCCAUCUUUCCCCUCCGGCUGUCAUCUUCUGGUCUCCAUUUCUCACAUAUUUUCUCUUCUAGCGCUGCCUUACCAAUCCUCUUUUUGCACUUAUCUUGAUCUCUUUCCUCAUCCGUCUCCUGAUUAUAUUAUCUGAGAGAGAACUGCAGAGCUUUGGCACAAAAAGCAGGAAAAAAAAAUGUGAUUAACAGCGCAAACACAUUAAUUCUGAGGGCGCAAAAAUUUGUAAGUUUUAUUUCUGCAAACACUUCCUCUGUUGCUCUCACCUCCUGUGUUCUUCUCUCGUGUCUCCCAUUUUUCAUUGCCUCUUUGUGCCAACCCCUUUUCAAUCCCACCUUUGCACCCCCUGCUUCCGUCUCCUUACCUCCCCCCUCACCCACUCGAUGACACCUCUAACUGAUUUAGUGGGCUAGUUUAACCAUGUGGCAUUACCUCAAGGUUCGCUUUUAUCUGAUACCCCCUCAGUGAAACUGGAAUAUCCUGCCUCAUUGUUAUUUAGAUACAGUAUUAAUGAUAUACCUGACAUUCCAUUGCACACAGCUGGUAGUUGCUAUAGAAACGUGUCACCUAGCAGCAGAACAUGUUGCUAUAGGGACAAUACAUCACACGAAGUCGCCUAUAGAUAGUAAUCUUGUCGUUAUCAUGCUACAAAAGGCAUCUCCUUUGCUCAAAGACGCUACACAGCCUGAGGAAAUCACAGCAGAGUGGGUAUCUCUAAUCGCUACGAUGUGACGUUUUCAUGUAAGAGUCACUCUCACUGUUACCAAUCGCUUCAGAAACAGAAUAAAUCUGCUCUCUGAAGAGUGAGGUAAUUGAAACUCUUCAAUAGUUUUUCCUUCGGUGCAUUAAAAUAGCAAAGCUGUUCAGUCAUUAGGGUAUUAAGGUGAUCACAUGGAGGCUAAUUUAUAAUUCAUUGAACACUAAUUUGGAAAGCGGCUCAUUAAGGCAGCCAAAGAGAAAAUAGAGCAGAGGAUGUGGCAUUAUUUAUAACUUUUAUCUGAUUUGAGGUGGAAAAAAACUCAUGAAUAUUCAUGCAAUCUGUGCAUGAUCUCUGUGAUAAGUUCACAGACGAAAAAAGCCCAAAACAGCACAUUUUCUGCAGGAGUUCUUUUUCUUCAUGUUGUGUGUGCAGCAAAAAAGAAGUUUGCAUCCUACACAUGGGUGUUCGCGCGGGUUGGCCUAGGGGUGUCACUGACCCCAGAAUCUUUUAUAAGCUAUCUUAGAUGCCACUUUCUAAUUUGGCUGAGGUAGAACUUGCUUUAAUGACAAUGGGGUUGGUGUAACAGCCUGUAGGCAGGUUUGUCACACAUCCUCCUCUAAUUGUACCUGUUACCUCGACUGUCUUGUUUUAUCUUUACAAAAAUUGGCUUUAAAGAUUAAGGGCCUGUGUCCACAAACAGCAUUUUUUAAGGACUAAGGGCCUGUAUCCUCAAAUAGCGCUUUUAAAAAUCAAGGGCCUGUGUCCACAAACAGCAUUUUUUUAAGGACUAAGGGCCUGUAUCCUCAAAUAGCGCUUUUAAAAAUCAAGGGCCUGUGUCCACAACCAGCAUUUCUAAAGGUUAAGGGCCUGUGUCCACAAACAGCAUUUUUUAAAGACUAAGGGCCUGUGUCCUCAAGCUGCAUUCUUAAAGGUUAAGGGCCUGUGCCCACUAACAGCAUUUUUCAGGGUUAAGGGCCUGUGUCCACAACCAGUGUUUUUCAAGAUGAAGGGCCUGUGUCUACAACCAGCAUUUUUUGAAUUAUUAAGGGUCUGUAUCAACAAUCAGCAUUUUUUAAAGAUUAAGGGCCUGUGUCCACAACCCCCAUUUUUAAAGAUUAAAGGCAUGUGUCCGCAAAAUGCAUUUUUUAAAGGUUAAGGGUCUGUGUCCACAACCAGCAUUUUUUAAAGACAAAGGGCCUGUGUCCUCAAUCAGCGUCUUUAAAAGACUAAGGGCCUGUGUGCUCAAACAGUGUUUUUAAAGACUAAGGGCCUGUGUCCUCAAACUGCAUUUUUUAAGGUUAAGGGUCUGUGUGCACCAACAGCAUUUUUUGCACAAGCAGCACCCAUGACCACAAGAUUUCUUCUCACUGGCACUUCCUGUUAGGUUAAGUUAGAUCAGGUUUGGUCACUGAAAACGCAGACUUGCAUUGGUUUGUACACAAAUAGGCGCUGCCAGUACAAAAAGGCUGUAAAUAGACACAGGCCCUCACUAAGCUCUUCCACUGAUGCCUGGAUUCAACUGUUUGACACCCUCAUGUUUGCCACAGACAGAUAUUAUAGGUGAACACAAUUCAGCUACUAGUCAGUUCUCUGAUUGGGUUUCCCUGGUCCAAGUAUUCUGGACAUGUUCCUACCUGCACAGAUGGACUGAUUGGAUGUUGAGCAGGGUAACUGAAUAUUAAUGUGUCAUUUCUUGUGGUCACUGAGCAGGUCUGACAUAUCCUCCAAAGUAGAAAGCCUUGUCGUCUCAGAGCCUGAGUGCUUUCUCAUUAGGACUGCUGGUGCGUCUGUAAUGGCAGACUUGUUCGCUCUGACCCUCUUUUUCUUGUAUCUGCCUUGUUAAAACUUCAGAUCCACUCGGUUUGUUUUCUACAUCUCUGACAGGAAAAGCACUCUUAUCUCAGUCAUUGUGAGGAUUUCUUUUCCUUUCCCCUUCACCACUUUGUUUUUUACAGUUUCAGUUUUCAGUCUCUUGUCAUGAGUCAGUGUUGCACCCCGGUAGGUACAAGGAUGUAAAUUACUGCUCUGAUAUGCCUUUCUGUCAUAUUUUUCUCUCGUUUUAUUGUCUCCCCUGCCUUCAUCCACCAUCUAUCUCUCUUGGUAAACGGAGGAAAUCUCUCCCCCCUCUGCUCUCAAACAUUGUGUGGGUUCCUGUUUGACGCACACAGAGCAGCCGGAGACAGAGUGAGAGGGAGCCGCGGAGAAAACCCAAGAAAAAGUGGCUGGUUGUUUGCCUUUGUGUGAUUCACCAUCUGUGGUUGAGCACUUUUCUACAGCAGUAUUACCGAAAAAGGAUGAUUGACAUAAAAAAUACAUUAAGAAGUGAGAGGGAGAAAAGAGGGUGGGAGGAGAGGACGUCUGGUCGUGUGUGUGAUUCACACUUUCUUUGAUUACUAAAAGCUUUGUCUCACUCUGAAUCCCAAAGAAGGUUUUAUCGCUUGGAGAAAUGUGGAAGAAAAGCGGGGAGGGAAAGCGAGAGAGAGGAGAGUGACCAAAUAAAAGAAAAUUAAAAUUAGAGACAGAUUAAAAAUAGAUCUGAGAAGAAAAAGAAGAAGAAGGGACGGCGGAGGAGAAAGGCUAACAGGGAGGUAUGAAGCUAAAGAAAGCUGGAAAAGGGAGUGAAGGCGGGAUAAAAUUAUUCAGGGUCACAACCAGAAUGCAUUAGCCCACCGACGGGGGGUGAGAAAGAAAGACAGUGAGAGAUUUAAAGAUUGUGAGAGGGGAAGGAGCUCAAGAGAGCAACAGAGAGAGAGAGAGAGAGAGAGAGAGAGAGAGAGAGAGAGAGAGGUGGAGGCAAGGAGGAGGAGGAGAGAAUUUUAAAAACAGAAAGAGGAAGGUCAUGGGUGUGUUCCUGUUCCCAUGCUAAAUAUGUUUCAUCCUUUUACACGCACUGUUUACCAAAUAAACGUACUUCAAUUAAUACGACCAUGAUGAGAAAAUCCAACCACACCAACGUUAAAGCCAACAACCACAAUUUCCUGCUUGCCAAAAGACCUGAUAAGGCACAGAUUCCUAAAUGGAAGCAACACUAAUGAACACAAAUCAGAUCUUUCAGUCUCUUGUAGAAUUAUCUAAACCUGUUUCAUAUUAAUGUGAUGGACGCACGUUAGAAAAAGGACCUUCAACUGUCCAUGUAGAGGGUAACGUAUACUGUGAAUGCAUCGUAAUGUGGAUUAGAAGCCUAAUAGGUUGAGCAGGAGCUCUGGGGUCUUGUUCAUGUCCAAGAAUGACGCAGAGCUCACUCUGGUUCAACACAAUUAGUUUGUUGAGAAAUCUGUUUGGAUCAGAAGCACUGUCUUUCACGUGCGUACUUGAACUAACUCACCACAUACUGAAGACUUGCUCUACUGGUGCUUGCUACCAAUUCCCUCAACACCCUCAUGGUUUAAGUAUCUUUCUAGCAUUAAGCAACUGACGGGCAGUUUCCACCACAUCAUUCAAUUUAAUGUGUCAAUUUCCACCGGCUUCUUUCCGUUCCGCUGCGGAUUGCUGGACUCUGCAGCUGAUCGUAAGAGUUUUAUUUUUUCCGGUGACACCAUGGAUGAGGAGGUGCUGAGUAUAAAAGUCUAGAAGUAGAUUGCCUCCUCUGAAAGGACACAAUCUACUGCAUUAUAUGGUUAGCCCAUAUGGCUAAAGACAACUUGUUAUCGCGCGAUUGCACAUGAAUCUGCUGGUUCUCGUUAGUUCUCGUGAUUCCUGCUGUUCGUAAUCCGUAAAAAAAGCCAAAAUGUCUCUUAGAUGCAUAUUUUUCAUGCUUUUCUUUCCUUACUGUACCAUCUAACCUCAAAGUAAAUCUGAAGAAAACACCCUUUUACAGAUUUUGCAGAAUUUGCAGGUGAAGGACCAGAGUACCAUAAUAGCAGCAUAAUUUACCAUUGUUUCAGCAGGCAAGCUGUAAUAAUGAAAACAGUUCCUGUGGAGAGCAACAUGAAAGAGGGGAUGCAGUUCAUCGUAAUGCAAAGCUGUAACUCACCGGCAGAGAUCUAACACUGAUUUCACUUUAAUUAACGUCUAGAUCAGAUAUCCACAUGCAAGCGCAGCAGACAAUCUUCUCCAACCCAUCUCUGAACACAAACUCUACUUAACCCUUGUAUAAUUUCAUGCACUAUCCCUUUAAAUAAUACCGCCAUAACUACCUGUGUUUUAUUAUUUAAAUUAAUAUAACUGUUUUGAGUUUGUUCAUGAUGUGAAGUAUGCACGAAUGGAAACUUCACAGUUUUUAGACUUAGUUUGCGAGCUCUAAGGAAAGUCUGUUGAACCUGGUGGCCUGGCCUGUGUGUCUGUGUUUUAGGGGAGUCAACCAACAGUAAAUCACACAGCAGCAGCAGCUGUCUUGGAGGAAAGUCUUUUUAUGGAUAACACACGCACACACACACACACACACACACUCACACACGCUGUGAAUUAUAGUUUUUGGCCAGUCUUGGUUGUACUCUGACCCUUUUGCGAAAGGUUUCACUAAAAAAGUACAAGACAAUGCUCAAGAUUUCUCAAGUUUAGACUUCAGUCGAGAAAAUUGAAUUGUGUUUAGGGGUGUCAUGAUACAACUUUUUUACUUCCGAUACUAUACCAAUAUUGUAGCCUUUAGUAUCAGCCGAUACCGAUACUGACACGAACUUGUGCAUGACAAGUUUUGCACUCAUUACAAUGUCGUUUUUGGACUUUAAUGAAAAAUACUGCCACACAGCUGACAUCACUCUUACUCCUUGGUACUUUGUUUGUACCUCUGUACACACUGUUGUUGUGAUCACGUGAGCUCUGCAUGCUGGAUCUAGGCGCUGCUAGCUAGAGGUGCCAGACUGGAGUGUGGAAUGGACUGCUUGUAUCAGAGAUUUUAGAUGCAGGCUGAUAUAAUCCGAUAUUUGUUUUUUGGCUGAUAUCGGACCAAUAUCCGAUAUCAAUAUCAUAUCGGGACAGCCCUAUUUGUGAUGCGAAUCCUUAUUUUCCUGUUAACUGCCUUUCAGAUGUGUUCAUUUUGCAACCAUAUAAAAAGGUUACAAAAAUCAUUAAACUGUUGCUUAAUUUCUUGUUUGUUUGUUUGUUUCACUUAAUUAGACUUAGUCAGGAAUUAAUCUGGAGAAGGACACUUGAAAUUAGGAUCAAAUAUUGUUCCUUGGUUUUUCACCAUCAAACACAGCCGGUUUAAUCCUCUUAGUGCUCGACAGGACAAUGCUAAUGUUCAUCUGAGCCCAGAUUAACAGGCAUUUAAACACAAAUGAGGCUCCUGAGAGAAGGCUGUGUUUAUUUAAGCCCCUUUCAUCUUAAUAACUAUUAAUAGAUAACUGAGCAGCUGGCGAGAACAGAGACGAUGAUUCAUUUGAAAAUAAUAUGGGAAUGGCAGCACUAUAUUCCAGUUUUAUACCUGUGACGUAAACAACAACCAUUAAAAAAACUAAACUAGACUGAAAAAAUGAUCAUGUGUGUUUGCUUCUCUGCUUCUUUGCUUUCUCGUCCUACAUCUAUAUCUCUCAUCGUCCUCUUUCCUGAGUUUCUCUCCACCGAACACACAGGAAAACCUCGGUAAACAAACACUCUGCCGGGGUAAACGUAUGACUCCGCGCAGUACGCACACACAUCCACGCCCCCUGCCCUGGAGGAGGACAGCAAUAACAAAACAUCACCAGUAAACAGAGAUGUUGUACACUGUGUGUACAUUUUUGUGUGCACUCACGUCUUUAUCAGCACUGAACAGUACGGGCUCUCUCUCAAGUCUGAAUAUGAGUAUAAAGAAACAGCAGCUUUUCAAAGACACAGCUGUAUAUGAGAUGGCAUGCAUGAACAAAUUGAGACAAAUGAAGUCCCGAUCCCUGGAACUGGUUCAAUUUGCACAUCUGUGGGUAAAGUUGCGCUCUGAAUAUUAAGCGUCUUUACAUAUUUUGUACAGAGUAUCUAGAAUUCUACAAUAUAUGUCUUCCUACUUUGUUUUUAAUGUUCUGCUGGUGUUACUUUUUCAUGUGCAAAUCAGAUCCUGUCCAAGUUAUGUCUGCAGCUGUUUAAGAGUCGAUUCUUCUUUUUUGUAAUUGUGCACAAAAAAGCGCAAACAAACUGGCAAUGAACAUCUCAGAAACUCUGAGAGUUUAGCAGCUUGGCAGUACAAGUGCACGCAGAACAGAUGCUUGUUAAAAAUCAGUGCUUAAUUAUUUCUGCAUGUGUGUCCGCAGGUAAAGAAUGACUGCAGCAGCAGGUGUGCUAACAGGCUUGGCUAAACUAAAACGCCAGGACUCUGCCCGCUCUCAGCACCGGCCUGUACCGCCAUCGCCAGGCCUGGGGAACUCUGGGACUGAGGCUGCUCCAAGGUGAUUGAAAGAUGAAAACGACUGACAAGACUAGAAGCAGUUUAAUCUCUCUGUUGGUUUGGGAGCAACUCUGAUACUAAAAGAGAGAUUUGAGACUUUGUUUUGGUUCUUGUCUGAACUUUCUGCUCUCUUUGUAAACUUUCUUUUAGGAAGAGGAAACGGCGUACUGAUGUUGUGGUGGUACGAGGUAGGCUCCGCCUCUAUUCUGCCUCUGGGUUUUUCCUCCUCCUGGGUCUCAUCAUCUUGGCCAUAGGGAUCGGGAUGGCCACACUGGGUUACUGGCCGCACAGUGAAGUCAUGCCAAAAUCCCCAACUGGAGGCGGAUCCAAGACAGCAACUUCUGGAGGAGCUAAAAUAUCUGCAGGGGGAGGAAAUGGAGCCAGUUUAGCCGUGACUGAUGAAGAUGUGGCCAACUCCAACGCCAGUAAUUUGCAAGGUAAGCAAAAAAGAGGAAAUGCAGAGGAAAAGAAAGUUUAAUUGGAAAUUUUUCCUCAAAUUAAAACAUUUGUUGAACUUUUAUAUCAGUUCAGAAAUCCCUGAGAUGACCUUUUCUUUGUUUCUUGUAUUUAGAUACACCCUCCAGGCAGACAGGAGGCGCUCUGACACGGUUUCUGGAGCAGCAUCGUCACUCUGAGAGGAUGAAGAUGCUCGGACCCUUCACUAUGGGCAUUGGGAUUUUUAUCUUUAUCUGCGCUAACGCCAUUCUUCAUGAAAACAGAGACAGAGAAACUAAGGUAGGGCUGAAAUAUGGAGGUAAUAAGUCUGGACACACCCCUUCAUGUUACUUUGUAGCUCAUCAUGCAUCAUAUAAGGGCUGGGUGAUACGGCCUCAAAUCAACAUCACGAUAUAUUGAGUAGUUCACCUCGAUAUCGAUAAAUGGACGAUAAAACUACUCCUCAAGCUGCUCACCCCCUCCCACAUUAACUUCGUUUACUUCAGCCGCCGCUUCUAGUGUUGUGUCGUUCGAACGAUUCAUUAAAGAGAACCGAAUCUUUUAAGUGAACGUACCGGAUCGAAUCACUUCCUCGAGUGAUUCAUUCGUUUCUCACUUCAGUUGAGCUGACACAUACUUUUAUGAUACUUCUAUCAAAUCAAUAUGAUCAACAAAUUACUAAAAAAAACACCUGAAUCCAGUCUGAUAAAUGAUAAAAAUGUCCUCUUGUAGUUCAUCAGUUUCCAAAUACAUCUUAUGUAUCAAAUGAGAUAAAUAAAUAUAUUUCUUAAAUUUUAAGGACAUUUUGAUUUUUUUUUCGUUUUCAUUUGUAAGCAGAAUAAACAUUUCAGCUCCAAAAAAAAAUUUGAAUUUUCUGUCCAUAAUUUGUGGUUUCAGGCAUUAAAGGGAUAAUUAUUAUUAUCUGUAUUUUCAGAACGAGGUGGUAAAAUAGUUACGAGAGAAUAUUUCAAACAAACCUUAAGUCAACCCAAGAAGUAGUUGAUAUUCCUCCCUAAACCCUGUAUUCUUAAUUCUCCUCCUCCUUUCUCCUUAAUGACGAACAUGCACGCUGCAGCCGGUCAUCUUUAUUCAUCAUCUCUACAUAACAAACAUGCAAAUCAUAUUUCUACCAACCUCCAGCCAGCCUUAUCUCUGCAAUUUUCCUCUGAUCAUAUUUCCUCUGCUCUUAUGCCCCCUCUUUCCCUUCCUUGAUUCGAUUACACUUUCCUUCCUCCUCCCUUCUCCACUUUCAGGUAAUCCAUGUUUUUCCAAGGUCACAGACAUCAAGAAAACACAAGCAAACAAGAAACAUUGGAGUGAUUUAAUGACCAUUUGAAUUACAGUCCUGGAUAAAACCUGCUCUCUGUUUAUUGUUCCAGGUUUAGCCACUUUUAGACGGAAACGGUCUCCAUAGAAAACUGAAAAAUUUAGUUUCGUUUAGGGGGGUCCGUUUAGACGGCAACUGCGUUUUCAGGAGAUGAAAACGUAACAAAGUAAAAACCCCCUCCAGAGUGGAAAUGUUGUAAACGCUCUGCUAGUCCCUCUUUCGUCUAAAGUACAAAAACACCGAAAACAGUCAAACCUGUGACGUCCUGGCUCACGUCAGCUCACACUUAUGACAUCAUAGCCAUGCGCCGCUUCCUUGAAAAUAACAACAACAACCAUGGUAGACAUUCGAGUCGCGCUGUCGUUAUUAUUUAACGGGCAGGAGCUCAAUCUCGACCUGUACAGAAUCCUCACGGAUCAUUCUGCCCAGCAGAGGAGGCGUCUGAAUUAUUUGCAUCAAAUAAUUAAUGAUUGUAGGAAGAUGAACGGAAGUUGUUCUACGUAUGCGUUGUUGGUCUAUAUGGGAGCACAGUCACACCGACACGCGCCACCUAGCGACCUGGCAUGCACAUUACAGCGUUUUCAACCACAUUGCGUUUUUGUGCAAACACAGCAUAAAAACUGGAAACGAAACGGCACUUUUCCAUUUUCUGUGGAGACCGUUUCCGUCUAAAAGUGGCCUCAAUCCUCAAGUUCUUGAUCUGUGGCUCUGAUUUAGGUUUUUAUCCGUCUGAAUCAUAUCAACAAGUCUACAGUGUGCUCUGUUUAUUACAUAAGUCGUGUCUUCAAUAAAUAUGUUGAUUUGUGUUUCCCUUAGGCCAAGUUAAAAGUGCUAGACUUGUUUCUGUAGAUUUAUACCAAUAAGUGCAGCCUCAGGGUGAAGCCGGAUCAGAUUUCUCUCGUCUAUUUUAAGAAAACGAAGACAUCAGCGAGGGGCACUCACCGCAGCGGUGUAAUAAAACAGAUACUAAAUGAAUCCAAAGGUAAACACUCCUCCCACUGCUGCUAAUACUUUUUCUCCUCUGCUCUAGAUAAUCCAUAUGAGAGACAUGUACUCCACCGUCAUUGACAUCCAUCGCCUCAGGCAGAAGGAGCAGAAACACCACCAUCACAGAAACAGCACCUAUUCAAGAGACGGCUUCGGAGCUGAUAACGCAUCGCGGCUAGCUAGCAACUCCCUCCUGGCUUUCUCCUCCCGGGCUGGGAGUGUUGCCGGAGGGGUUGGAGGCUCCACAGAGGAGGAGGAGGUGCUGUUAGGAGAAGAGGAGAACAGGUCACAAGCUAACUUGGAUUGUAGUUUUGCCGGGUUGCUAGCGCCGCUCUAUAAGGACCGCCCCUUUUACGGUCCUGGAUUAGGCUUGGUUCACUCAGAUUCUGUUCGGCAUCAGUGGUCAGUGGAUGGAGAUGGAGAGAGAGGAGGACAUCACGCUCGCUCCAUCGUCUCCUCCUCUAUUUCUGCUUUUACUCUCCCUGUCAUUAAGCUCAACAACUGCGUUAUCGACGAGCCGGAGAUGGAGGCGAUCACAGAGGAGGAUCGAGUAGGCGAGAGGAGAGACGAGGAAAGGUCACAGCCUCUGAGCUCCAUGGAGUCUCUGGUGGUUCCUGUAGCAUCUGUUGCCAAGGCCUCCAAACCUCCCGGCCUUCACAGAAGUAACUCUGCUUCCUCAUCCUCCCACUGCUCCUCCGUCUCCUCCACGUCUCUCUCCCCUGCUCCCUCAGGCUGCUGGCUCUCCCCGGGCGCGGCGAGGACUGACUUCGGCUCAAACUCCUCUCUGCACAUGCUCAGCAGCCACUCGAAAUCUCUAGACCUGGAGCGCAGGCCGAGCAUGCUCAGCGUGAACCCGGAGCAGAGGAAGCACCCGAGCUGGCCACGCCUCGACCGGAGCAACAGCAGUCGGAGUAGCAGCGGUAACCGCGGCAGCAGUAAAGGCUACACGCGGCUGGAGGACAGGGAGGAGCAAGGGGAGCGGCUGUUGGAUGCGACUUCCAGGCGUGACUACAGCAAGCGGGAGAAGCUGCUGAUGAUAUCGAGGUCACAUAACAAUCUGAGCUUCGAGCAUGACGAGUUUAACAGCAGCACCCUGAAGAGGGGCAGCUCAGAGACUCGAUUCUGAGGCGGAGGGCCAAAUGUCAGAGACGCUCCUCUUCUGUUCUUUAAAUGUGUGUCAGGGGAAAAAUGAUGAGUUUAACAGAUCCGCUCUUGUGCCAGAAAAACUCAAACAUGUUUUUAAAGACUUUCCUGAGCUCCAGUAUUGAACCACAAGAGUUUCAAAAUGACACUUCAUGCCUACCGUAGAAGGUGAAGGUGUGCUGUUUUUAGCGAACCCUGACUUUUGACCUCCACGUAGGGAGGCGAGUGGACAAAUCAUCUUAGAUACUCCGUCUACUUUGUACAAACGUAGAUCUAAUAAAGUUUGAACAGGAUCCUUCAGACAUUGCUUGAGAUCAACGCUGUUUUGUUUGAGCAGAAAUUGCUUUUCUAAAACACUUAAGCAGCAGCUGGGAAAUCAAGGACACCCCAGCGGGGCUUUGAGCGAGUUUCUUCCUGAGCGGGUCAGAGAGACACCGAGUUAAAUGUUUUAUAACAAGGUCUGGGAAAAAACUGUGAAAUGAGCAUACACAGUUUAAUAUACGAAUGUGCCCUAGGACUGUACGGUCACACUAAUGAUCUUUUCUUGGAGGGCACCUUUUAAAACAAAGUGUGUCUUACAGCUGAACAGGGAGACUGUGGGCGGUUAUUGAUACAGAGACAAUUUCUGUAUUCACUCAAAUCGUGACCUUCAUUAACCUAAGCUGCGAGAAGUAUUGGGCCGUUGUUUGAAGCUUGCUCAUAUGAGUGUCAGACUUUUAUUCCCAGUUCACUCUGUUUAAGCAUAUUCAUUCAGAAUAAUAGGUAAUGUCUCACUGAUGUAACCUCUUUCUGUUUGUAUUUGUCUGAAAUGAAAAUUCCCUUAGCGUUAACAUCAUACCGUAAUGGCUUAAUGAGGCAUCUAUUGUGAGACACUUAAAGGGAUAUUCCAGCGUGAAAUUAAUUUAGGGUCAAACACACUGUGA